GAUCCUACCCAUCUUCUUCAUCCAACAGGUCUCUCUCUCUCUCCUUUCUCUCUCUAGCUCUCUCUGAAGAACCUGCAGCUGAGAGCACGAUGCAGGCCGUCUCGAAGCGCGUUGGGCGCCAGUAUCUGACCCAAUCAUCUUCCAUCUCGUCGCUCAAGUCAAUCUAUCCCCUUUCCGAUCACUAUUAUGGAGCUGAUCGUCCAAAAUACGGAUCUACCCUCGCCACCAAGGGAGUGGGGCACCUUGUGCGCAAGGGCACAGGUGGAAGAUCAUCUGUUAGUGGCAUUGUUGCUGCAGUCUUUGGAUCUACAGGGUUCCUUGGGCGUUAUCUUGUGCAACAACUUGCCAAAAUGGGAAGUCAGGUGUUAGUUCCUUUCCGUGGUUCUGAAGACUCCCAUCGUCACCUCAAGUUAAUGGGGGAUUUGGGACAGAUUGUACCAAUGAAAUACAAUCCGCGAGAUGAAGAUUCAAUUAAGGCAGUCAUGGCAAAAGCAAACGUGGUUAUCAAUCUCAUAGGGAGGGAUUAUGAGACAAGAAACUUUAGCUUUGAGGAAGUGAAUCAUUCCAUGGCGCAACAACUGGCAACGAUUUCCAAAGAACAUGGGGGUAUCAUGAGAUUUAUUCAAGUUUCUUGCUUGGGGGCAUCUUCCUCGUCUCCCUCCAGAUUCCUAAGGACUAAAGCUGCUGCAGAGGAAGCUGUUUUAAGUGAAUUGCCUGAGGCCACCAUUUUGAGACCUGCUGUGAUGGUUGGUACUGAGGAUCGGAUUUUGAAUCGCUGGGCCUUUUUUGCAAAAAAAUAUGGCUUUCUUCCACUUGUUGGGGAUGGAUCUACUAAAUUCCAACCCGUGUAUGUUGUUGAUGUUGCUGGGGCAAUCGUGGCAGCCUUGAAAGAUGAUGGUACCAGCAUGGGAAAAAUUUAUGAACUUGGUGGGCCUGAGGUCUUUACAAUGCAUCAAUUGGCAGAGCUUAUGUUUGAUACAAUCCGUGAAUGGCCUCGCUACGUGAAGGUUCCUCUCCCAAUUGCAAAGGUAGCUCCACGAGAAAUAUUGCUUAACAAAGUUCCGUUUCCAUUACCUAAUCCUGAAAUCUUCAACCGAGAUCAAAUCCUUGCCCAAGCUACAGAUACACUCGUGUCAGAAAAUGCUUUGACAUUCAGUGAUCUUGGACUUGUGCCCCAUAAGCUGAAGGGUUACCCUAUUGAGUUUCUUAUUCAAUUUCGCAAGGGUGGCCCAAAUUACGGUUCUACAGUCAGUGAAAGAGUGUCUCCAGAUGCUUGGCCAUGAGUCUCUCAGGCUUUCUAAUUUCCAAAUGCUUUUCAAGUCCGCAGUGCAACCCACUUGCAAACUUGUAAUCAGGUUUUCAGAGUGGGUUGCUUCUUAGAGAAAUAGUAGGAAGAAAUAAAAGAUAUGGAGAGUUAUUCUUUUCUAGCUUCGUAUCUGUCACCAUCGACCGAAUUUCAACCAUUUGUAAUUCCAGCACAUCUGGCAUCAUUUUGUUGUGCUUGUUCAUAAGCCCUGAGCCAUGAAGGGAAUUUGAUGCAUCUUUUUAUCUGUUUUCGUCUGACAUGCGUCCUCAAGUAGUGGGAUGGGGAAAAUGAUGAGAGUUUUGUUGUCUUUAAAUAUUACCCUUCAUAAUUUAAAAUUUAUAGAUUCUGUUUCA